CUCUCCUUCCCGUAACGUGUCAUAAACAGUGCAAUCCGGAUGGUGGCUGAAAUCUGGGAUAAAAACCUGUUAAAUCAGAAAAUAAUGAAGCAGUAACACGUUAGAAGUGUUUUCGUGUUGAAUAGGUGCAGAAAUAAUGGAGAAUAUUCAAAAUGUCCCGAUCGACAUUCAGACCAGCAAACUGUUAGACUGGCUGCUGGAUCGACGUCACUGUAACCUGAAAUGGCAGAACGCAGUGAAAGAGAUCAGAGAGAAGAUAAACGCUGCCAUCCAGGACAUGCCGGAGAACGAGGAGAUCAAGCAGCUUCUCUCAGGCUCCUACAUUCACUACUUUCACUGCUUGAGGAUCGUGGAGAUCCUGAAGGGAACUGAAGCUUCCUCCAAGAACAUCUUUGGCAGAUAUUCAUCUCAGAGGAUGAAGGACUGGCAAGAGAUUGUGUCACUUUAUGAGGAAGAUAAUAUCUAUUUGGCGGAGGUGGCCAGCCUGCUGAUCCGUAACGUGAGCUACGAGGGCCCGGCUCUGAGGAAGCAGCUGGCCAAAGCCCAGCAGCUGCAGCAGGAGCUGAGCAGACGGGAGGUGGAGUGUCAGAGCUCCGCAGCAGACCUGAGGGAGCGCUACUACUCCGCCUGCAAACAGUACGGCAUCACCGGAGAAAACGUGCCGCGGGAGCUUCAGGCUCUGGUCAAAGAUUUACCGGCAGUUCUUGACGAGGUCGGGAAGGAUGCAGCGAAGUUAGAGGAGCUGAUCAAACUUUAUACUGCGUUCACAAACUUUGUAUGUGAAUGGUCUGAGCCUGUGCUGCCCAUGCUGACCUUCGUCCAGGAGAAAGGAAACCCGACGUUUUACGAGUGGAGGACGGGAAAAGUCCCGACGGUUGUUGAGAGGCCCGUUGUGGAGGAAGCUCCGCCUGAAGUACUCGCAGGGGAAGCGAUCGACUGGGGAGACUUCGGCAGCGGUGCAGACGCUGGAGGCGUCACAGUGGAGGCUGGGAUCGACUGGGGCAUCAGCCUGGAGCCCAGCUCGGAGGACUCUGGUGCUGGUGGGAUCGACUGGGGCGACAGUGAACCAGCUCCCAUUGAAAUUGAAGUUGUGGAUUCAGGCGCAGACUGUCCUGAGGGCGAGGCAAGAGGCGAGGACGCUUUAAGCAUCCUGGAGAACUCUCAGUCACGCAGCCAGUUCAUCGAUGAGCUCCAGGAGCUGGAGGCGUUCUUAACGCAGCGCAUUACUGAGAUGGGAGAGGAGGGAGACGUGGUCGCUAUGAGCCAGUUCCAGCUGGCCCCCUCCGUCAUCCAGAGACAGAGCCGGGAACAUGUGCGGGGGAUGCUGUCGGAGGUGCAGGACCUGCUGGGCCGCCUCACCUCGCUCCGGAUGCAGCACCUGUUCAUGAUCCAGGCCUCGCCGCGGUAUGUUGAGCGUGUGUCGGAGGUGCUGAGGCAGAAGCUGAAGCAGGCGGAUAUUCUGCUGCUGAAAGGAGCCACGAUGGUGGAGAGACGGCAGGAGGCCCUGGAGGAGCAGUCCAGGCUGGAGCCUCGAGUUGACCUGCUGGCAGGAUGCACCCGGGAGCUCCAGAAACUGAUUGAAGCCGACAUUUCGAAGCGUUACCACAAAAGGCCGGUCAACCUGAUGGGAGUUAAUAUAUAGUGAAUGUUGUUCACUAAAAUUAUUUUUGUCAUGAUCUACAUGGAGAAAUAAAAGUGGUAUUUAAUUUUAGGUCUUGUGUAUUCUUUACUUAAAAAAAAAAAGUGUAUGCUUGUAUAAAAUGUGUGAAUUCUGUUUAAAUUUUGUUUUUUUCUAUUGAUGAAUGCAUCCAAUGUAUAAACUUUUAUUUUUCAUUAUAUAAUUUAAUUUUUUUCAUUUAAGGGGAAUAUGCUUUAUCAUCAUACAUAAAGCAAAUUAAGUUCUUAUUAUUGCAUAAUAAAUAAAUAAAGACAUAAGAUAUCAAUGCAUUUUAAGGGUGGAAAUAUAAAUAAAUAUCUUGAAAAUAAUUGCAGAACCAGAAUAAUCACAUGCAGACAUUACUUACUGUUGGUAAUCUUAAAAAUAUUAUAUUAUAUUAAAUAUAUAUAUAAUUCAGAAUUUAGAGAAGAUUUAGUAACUUGUAUGAAUGUAAAACUUAACAAAACUAGUAAAUUAACCAUAUUUGUCACACAGUUUGAAAGAACAUGUUUUUUAUGAUUUGUUUGGAAAUAAUCUUCCAAUUUUCUAUGAUUACUAUCAUUAAACAUUUAUAAAAUUGUACAAUGUACUUUUCUUAAUUUAUUUGGAAUAAAAAAAUAUUAAAG